UCAAAUAUGGCCGAUAGCGGUAUUGUAGAAACCGAAAUUUUACACAACAAAAGCGAUCAAAACGAGUGCGUAAUGUCUGACGUAACAGCCGGCGAAAUUCCAGAUGACUCCAUCCCGGAGACGAUGUCGUGUCCUCCGGCCGUGGAAAUGCCCGACGAUUUACAGGCGCCGGACUCUCUAAAUCCCGAGACGGCCGGCAUGGUGGAGAACUUGACGUGCGUUCAGUCUGCGCUUCUCAACUCCAUGCACGCGCACGAACCCGAACACGCGUUUGACAGCGACCCUGGCAAGACGCCGUAUGACGAGAGUUCGUUCCCACAGAAAGAUGUCACCGAGCGCGCGGAAACAUCGGAGAGCGCCACCUAUCGAGAACAAUUGAUACCCGAGAUCUCCGACGAUGUGCAGUUCGAAGGGGGUACCACCUACGCAGACGUGGCCGUGGAGAAUUUGAUGGGCACGGGCGAUAUUGCGCAGACGGUACUAGCGCCGGAAGACGACGUAUCCAUAUCGAGCGUGUUAUUUGAGAUGGAUCCCUCCUCGAGAAUUACCAAUUUGCAAGAGCUGCCAGAGGCAGACGAAGGCACGGCAGCGAUGCAGCUUUCCACCGCGGACGUGUCGAACCCCGCGGACCAGAGUCUGGAAGCCGGCGAAGAGUCGUUGAUGAUGUACGACAGUUCGUAUCUCCAGUCGAGCAAAACCAACCUGAGCGACGCGGGUGCUUCAAUAGAGAAGCCCGUGAUUCCCGUACUGGAAGGAUACGAGGACCAGGAAGAUUCCCAGUCGUCGUUCUCCUCACAGAAGUCGCGACGAUCAGCGAAACCCGUUGACGAGGACAGCGUCCUGUCUGUUGGGCACGCGACGUUCCCCGUGGAGAAGCUGUUCGAGUAUCAGUGGCCGCGCACAAAGUCCGGAGAGCGCUACUUCCUGCAGGAGCAGAUCAGCGAGUAUCUGGCCGUGAAGUCAUUCAAGCGCAAGCCCCGACUUGACACGACACGCGGUGGACAUACAGGAGAGAAGAUUUCUGCUGGAGCAUGGCGUAGUAACGGAGUUGGAGUGCGACCUUGGAAUCUCAGGGCUCGUCGGCAGCGAGAGAUCGCUAGAUCUGAUGGGCAGAAAGAUUACCCCCUCAAGUACCUGGAGUACACAAAGGUGCUAGCGGACAGGGAACGAGAGAAGAUCAACAACCGGAAUAAGGAAUACGGAGCCGCACGGGCUGACCAGGAGAAGCUGAAGGCAUAUAUCAGGAAGGCGAUGCGGUCAGCAGCGGAGUUUAACGUUCUGUUCAAUAAGGAGCGCCGAGAAGAGAGGCAGGCCUACUUCGACCUUCAAACGCAGAUACACGCCGGAGGAGCUGAGAUACUUGCCGGUCAACACAGUGUUAUACGGACCGCCGAGGCCAGCGCAGAGUUUCGUGGGAGAGGCGCAGAGUGGCGGUCACGGCCUGCAGCUGCGGGACUCGGAUAGUGACAGCGCGUCCGCAACGGACUCCUCUUCGGACUCCGGCAGCGACAGCUCUAGUAGCAGCGAGGGAGAGGCCGAGAAACAGGAGGAGUACACUUCUCCCAAGCCACCCAAGCCACUAGUCGGUCCCAUCGUUGCUGGAUACCAGCCGAAGGUAAAGCCCGACGCCAAGUGCGGCGUCUGUCUGAAGGGCAGCGAGAGCAACAAGCACAACCGACCAGAAUCUCCCCUGCACUGCUCACAGUGUGACAACAGCGGGCAUCCCACGUGUCUGGAGCUAACGGACGAGAUGGUGCCGAUCAUAAAGAACUACCCGUGGCAGUGUAUGGACUGCAAGACUUGCAUGUGCUGCCUCGACCCAUACGAUGAGGACAAGAUGAUGUUCUGCGACAUGUGCGACCGCGGCUACCACACGUUCUGCGUCGGCCUUCGCAACAUCCCCACGGGGCGCUGGGUAUGCGAGGACUGCGGCAUGUGCACGCAGUGCGGCACCCGUCGCCCGGGGAGCAUCAGCGCGCAGUGGGUGCACGAGUACACGCGGCAGAGGGGCGGUGCGCCACCAAAGUUUCUGCAGACGCUGUGCGUGGACUGCUCGAAUGCAAAGAAGGCGGCAGACUCAAAGUCGAGCUGCUUCAAACAGCAGCAGGUGGGAAAGUUGAAGAGAAAACGAUAGCAGAAGUUCCCUACCUUAGACGAUGUGCGGAGAAACCGAGAGAGCAGACGCACAUGUAUGAGGGACGAAGUCUUUCACCGGACCUGUCCCGCCUCGAGCCGAGUCGCCUGCAAGGAAGCCAAGCGAAUCCGAGACUGUGCCUCCACCUAGAUUAAGAAGAGAGGGGCAUAGGGCGUGUGUAGCUGCAGCACCAGCAACCAUCAUUGUGGGAGCUUGAUCAUUCAUUCCUGGUCAGAGAUAGAGGUCACUAGACUUUAGGGGCGCUAUUUUAGUCUUGGUCAAAGGUAGUGAUCAUUAUACACAAGUGUCCUGAUCAGAUAUUAAGGUUGUGCUGUUCUGAAAGAGCAUUCACCUAGCUAUCACCUAGUGUUGACCUUUCUGCGAUGUAAACAUUACAUAUGGAUGUUCAUGUGAAUUUUAACGAGCGAAAAAUCCCGUUUUACUCAAUGCUCAUUCAUGUGAUGUGACGUUAGAAGCUGCUACCCAUCUCGUCUUUGUAGCCAGUAACGUAGCAGGAUACAAGUUGACCUAUGUACCUGGCGUGAUUGGCCUAGCCAAUCGUUGUUACGAUAGGACGUUCUAAAAACAAUGCUUAGCAACGAGUCGCAACGAAUUUCGGCACACACGUCAUGUAUAAAUCGGUAUAGCUUGACGGACCUAAAGCAUUAAAGCAUUAUUCAAAGGGUACGGCAUGGACAUCGGUCCUGGAGAAUGGGCCGAUUUAUCCUUGCUGAAAUCUUCUGUGUGGUAAACAUGUGUGACUAGUGAUACUUGCUAUAUGAUCAAUGCUCUUCUGCUCUGGUUUUACAUUCUACACGGCGGUGAGACCAAAUGUUUAUACGUCUAAAGAUUGCGCGAUGCAUGACCGUAUGUAUUUAUUUGAGCUAGGUCGUCCAUGAUUGAAUCACUCGAUUCCUUUCCUGAUCAAUUGUCAGUAUUUUCGCAUACAGUCAAACCUGUGUUAGCGGACACUUCUAUAGAAUGGGCACCAGUCUAUAAUGGGCAUUGACAGCAUUUCCCACGAGUGGCAGUCAUACAGUAAAACCACCUCUAUUAACAGCCGCGUUAGGGGUUUCGUUAGAGUCAUUGUCUAUACAGGACACUUUUGGUGUUUCCAUGGAGUGACAGUUAUAUGCAGUGCAGUACUUGACAGUAGUUGUAUACAUAACCAGGACUAUUUAGUGCUGUACUAGCCUAUGAUGAAUCAUUCUAUACUGAUAAUCACAUGCCAAUAAACUAUAACGAUCAACCUGAAUACAACUACUGUACGUAUUAGCAUGAGCUUCGCUAUACUGCUUUAUAUAGCUGUCUAUACUAUCUAUUUGCG